AUGACUGAGCUGAAGAAGGUGAUGAAGAUGUCUUGUAGCACCUUCAAGGCCGAUAGUGCUUGGGAGGUGCUGGCUGGAGAGUGGAUUUGCUUGUGUGCCCUUGUCCCUGUCCAUGACCGUCCCUUCAGCCCUGCCGUUGUCCUGUCCCUAAUAACCCUCGCCCUCACGCCUGCCCCUGCCUGCGCCCCUGCCUGCGCCCCUGCCUGUGCCCCUGCCUGCGCCCCUGCCUGCGUCCCUGCCUGCGCCCCUGCCUGUGCCCCUGCCUGCGGCCCUGCCUGCGCCCCUGCCUGUGCCCCUGCCUGCGCCCCUGCCUGCGCCCCUGCCUACGCCCCUGCCCCCGUCUCCGAUUCCGCUGCGUGA